GUCUCCAGAGCGAGAUUGGAACACGCAACCGCAGGGGUCCACAGGCGAUGAACGGUGAAGAUCUGGAUAAACUGUACACUAACAAUGAACCGCGAAAACAUGGGAUAACAAGGCAAAACAAAUGAUAAUUUAUCCUCGAUUCGGAAUAGGAACAAGAUAAAAUGAAUUUGUCGUGGGAAAACGAUCAUUCUCUCUUUUCUCUCAUUUUAUGCCAUUCUCCAUGGACGCUGAGCUGGUAUAAAGAGCUAGGAACAGCUGGAGCCGGUGAUUAUGGAACAGGGAUGUUGUCAUGUGAGUAAACGAAGUUAAUCGAUUAUGGAAUAUAUGGAAAAAGCUUGACUUGAAUAAGACAAUGGAAAGUAAGUAGUUGGAGAGCCGUUAUCACUUUCUCAUCACACGGGAGUUCUAUAUCCAGAAGAUCAUCCGCACAGGAGAUGUGUCUCAUAUUUAUUUCUGGAAUAAUGCAGAAGAGGCGAGACCGUCGUCAAAUAUGAUUCGUGUCUGACACAUUCGUAGGUUUGAGUGAUAAGCCUAUUGUUCUAUUCUAUUGUUGACUAUUCAAUAUAUUGUGACUGCGAAUCGGCAAAGAGGUGACAACAGUUCAAUUGUCAGUUUAUGAACUGGUUUAACAUACCAUUAAUAUGAAUGGUAUUUUUCUAUAGUAGUUUCUCUAGGUACAUUCCGAUUUUUUCCCUGUCAGAAACUGUAUGAUAGACGAGAAAUAACGAGCCCCGUAGGCUACUGGUGACAUCACCCCAGUCAGAUCUACUGCUGUACAGUAAAUAUCAACAAUGGUGGAGCCUGUGGGAUUUAUUGAAGCAUGGAAAGCGCAGUUCCCCGAGUCGGACCCCCCAAAGAUGGAGCUCAGGUCGGUGGGGGGCAUCGAACAGGAGCUGGAGAAGUGCAAAGCCUCCAUCCGGCGGCUAGAGCUGGAGGUGAACAAGGAGCGCUUCCGUAUGAUCUACCUGCAGACGCUGCUGGCCAAGGAGAGGAAGAGUUAUGACCGCCAGCGCUGGGGUUUCAGGAAGGCCCAGAUGAACGAGGUAGGGGACCAGGCAGGGCUGGCCCGGAAGUCAGCCUCCCACGGAGACGGGCUGGAGCUCCAGUCUGCCUUUGAGGUACCCCAGCAGGUAGAGCCCUGCGAGACAGACGGCCUCUCGCCCUCCAAACAGAAAGGAGGUAUAUCCCCUCGCCGCCAACACCCACCCCCGAACAAGGACCUAGCAUCUGACCCCAAUGACAAGCUUGGCAUGGGACUGGGGGUGGCAGCGCUGAGGUCUAACUUUGAGAGGAUCAAGCGGGCAAACUCUCACUCUGCCGGGGAUGCAGGGAAGAGCCAGGAGAAGCAGCAGCCCUUCUACACCAACAUGGAGUUCCACCAUGACAGGGGCCUGGUCAGGGUCAAUGACCGAGACGUCUCUGACAAGAUCAGCACCCUGGGCAGCCAGGCCAUGCAGAUGGAGCGCAAGAGAUCUCUGCACUCCCUGCCAGGCAACCUGGCCACUGUGGCAGGUGAGCUCCGCACUCGGCCGGUCUAGGGGCGCUCUACAGAGAGCACCUGUGGGUACGAUGCUGAAUACGAGGACGGGGACCCCAACCCACGCCACCCCAAGGCCAACGGGGGCAAACAGCCCCCUCCACCCCCAUGGCAACCCUCUGACUUCCAGCCUUACACCAGCGUCUACGUGGGCGGGGUGAUGAUGGGCGAGGGCGGGGGGGAUGGAAGAGGGGGCGUUAUCAUGAGGGACCACAUCGGAGAAGAGCACCACCUGACCUGGCCCCGGCGCUCCUACUCUCCCGGGAGCUUUGAGGACGUGGGGGGCGGAGGCGGCGGCUACACACCAGACUGCAGUUCCAAUGAGAACCUAACAUCCAGCGAGGAGGACUUCUCGUCUGGCCAGUCCAGCCACGUGUCACCCAGUCCUACCACGGCCUACCGCCGGCCCUUCAGGGAGAAGAGCCGCUCGCCCUCGCAGAACUCCCAGAACUCCCAGCAUUCGUUUGACAGCAGCAGUCCCCCCACGCCACAGUCCCAGAAGCGCCACCGCCAGCAGGGCCACGUGGUCAUGUCCGAAGCCACCAUUGUGAGCGUCCGCAAGACCGGCCAGAUCUGGCCCCCACUUGAUCCGGACUCAACACCGGCCAGCAGAGCCUCCCAUGACAACAGUUUCCAUGGAGACCUGGAUGGUCCGUUCACGGGGACCCCUCCCACUUACGGCUACGAUGCGGACCGUGCGGAGGAGCAGCGGCGCCACCAUGACAUCCUACCCUACAUCGACGACUCGCCCUCCUCUUCGCCACACCUCAGCUCCAAGAGCCGCAGCAGCCGAGACACCCUCUCCUCCGGAUCCCUUGAGUCCUCCAAGUCGACGGAGUUGGACCUAGAGAAAGGCCUGGAGAUGAGGAAGUGGGUUCUGUCUGGGAUCCUAGCCAGCGAGGAGACCUACCUCAGCCACCUCGAGGCACUGCUACUGCCUAUGAAGCCUCUGAAGGCAGCAGCCACCACGUCCCAGCCGGUGCUGACCAUCCCCCAGAUCGAGACCAUCUUCUUCAAAGUGCCCGAGCUCUACGAGGUCCACAAGGAGUUCUACGACGGCCUGCUCCCCCGGGUGCAGCAGUGGAGCCACCACCAGCGCGUGGGGGACCUCUUCCAGAAACAGGCCAGCCAGCUGGGAGUUUAUCGGGCCUUUGUGGACAACUACGAGGUUGCCGUGGAGACGGCUGAGAAGUGCUGUCAGGCCAACACGCAGUUCGCUGAAAUCUCUGAGAACCUCAAGGUGAGGAGCACCAAGGACUUGAAGGAUCAGUCAGCCAAGAACUCUCUGGAGACUCUCCUGUACAAACCAGUGGACAGAGUUACUCGUAGCACCCUGGUACUGCAUGACCUGCUGAAGCACACGCCCUCCAGCCACCCAGACCAUCCCCUGCUCCAGGACGCGCUCCGCAUCUCCCAGAACUUCCUGUCCAGCAUCAACGAGGAGACCACGCCCAGACGCCAGUCCAUGACUGUCAAGAAGGGAGAGAACCGCCAGCUGCUGAAGGACAGCUUCAUGGUGGAGCUGGUGGAGGGAGCCAGGAAGCUCCGCCAUGUUUUCCUCUUCACCGACCUGCUGCUCUGCGCCAAGCUCAAGAAACAGAUCGGAGGGAAGAGUCAGCAGUAUGAUUCCAAGUGGUACAUCCCUCUGUCAGACCUGACCUUCCAGAACGCAGAUGAGUCAGAGCCUCUGCCCAUCCCCCAGGUGCCUGAUGAGGAGCUGGACGCCAUGAAGGUCAAGAUCUCCCACAUCAAGAGUGAGAUCCAGAGAGAGAAGCGAGCCAACAAAGGGUCGAAGGUGACUGACAGGUUGAGGAAGAAGCUGUCAGAGCAGGAGUCUCUUCUGCUGCUCACCUCCCCCAGUAUGGCCCUCAGAGUACACAACAGGAACGGCAAGGGUUACAUGUUUCUGAUGUCAUCAGAUUACGAGCGUGCUGAGUGGAAGGAGACGAUCCGGGAACAGCAGAAGAAAUGCUUCAAGAGCUUCUCCCUGACCUCCAUGGAGCUACAGAUGUUGACCAACUCCUGUGUGAAGCUGCAGACUGUCCACCACAUCCCACUCACCAUCAACAAAGAAGGCCAAGAGGAUGAAUCCCCUGGCCUCCAUGGAUUCCUGAAUGUAAUCGUCCACUCGGCCUCGGGCCUCAAACAGAGCUUGAAUCUGUACUGCACGUUAGAGGUGGACUCCUUUGGCUACUUUGCGAACAAAGCCAAGACGCGGGUGUAUCGCUAUACCACAGAGCCCAAAUGGAACGAGGAGUUUGAGAUAGACCUGGAGGGCUCUCAGACCCUGAGGCUGCUGUGUUAUGAGAAGAGCUACAACAAGACUAAGCAGAACAAAGAGGACGGAGACAGCACCGACCGCAUCAUCGGCAAAGGACAGAUCCCGCUUGAUCCCCAGACGCUCCAAGGCAAAGACUGGCAGAGAACGGUUGUCCCCAUGACCGGGAUGGAGGUAAAGCUUUCUAUGAAGUUUACCAGCCGAGAGUUUAGUCUGAAGAGGAUGCCAUCACGGAAACCCAUGGGCGUGUUUGGAAUCAAGAUUUCCACAGUGACCAAACGGGAGCACUCCAAGGUUCCCUACAUCGUCAGACAGUGUCUGGAGGAGAUUGAGCGGAGGGGCAUGGAGGAGGUGGGAAUCUACCGGGUCUCAGGGGUGGCUACAGACAUCCAGGCCCUGAAGGCUGCCUUCGACACCAACAACAAAGACGUGUCUGUGAUGAUGAGUGAGAUGGAUGUGAACGCCAUCGCCGGGACUCUGAAGCUGUACUUCAGAGAGCUGCCAGAACCCCUCUUCACCGACGACCUGUACCCCAACUUCGCAGGAGGCAUUGCCCUGUCUGACAGCGUUGCCAAAGAGAGCUGCAUGCUGAAUCUACUGCUGUCACUGCCAGAACCCAACCUGGUCACAUUCCUCUUCCUGCUGGAUCACUUGAAGAGGGUGGCUGACAAGGAGAGCAUCAACAAGAUGUCCCUCCACAACCUGGCCACAGUGUUUGGCCCCACGCUGCUGCGGCCUGCAGAGAAGGACAGCAAGAUCCCCACCAACCCCACGCAGCCUAUCAGCAUGGGAGACAGCUGGUCCCUGGAGGUCAUGUCACAAGUCCAGGUGUUGCUGUACUUCCUCCAGCUGGAGACCAUCCCCACGCCGGACAGUAAGCGUCAGAGCAUCCUCUUCUCCACCGAAGUGUAGAGUGUUCCACAGGUUCCCAUCAUGAAGACAAUGGGAGAGAGAGGGUGAGAUGGAGACGUCGACUCAAACUGAGUCUACAGUACAGUAUGUCCAUUUGGGAAGGCUACUGAGAGUGAGAAUGGCCUUUGCUGGACUGCAGCAGGAGAUGUAUUCUGCACUGAUUCUGGACAUACCUUGCAGAGGGCGCCACCAUCCCUCUGAGAACAAGAGGGUGGACACCAAUCCUCUGUUGUACCACACAUAUCUGAUGACGAUAACGCAUUAAUACAUCACACCCAAUAGCCAGUGUGACUCUCUGUGCCUCUCUGACACAACAUAUCCUUGUCUCCUCGCUCUGUCUCUUCGCUCUCAUGUCGAAGCUCCACAGCUUGUGUACGGUGUACGGAAUGAAUGCCACUACUGAACAUGCCUGCUGCAACCACAAAUGAAACACUUCAGUUUGAGUCUGAUCAGCAUGUAGGGGAAAAGAGCGUCCAAGGUUAUUUAAAAAAAAAAUGUUUUGCUAUUGUCUCCUGCUUUGUUGGCAGAAAAACAGGCAGAGCCUGCACAUCGUUUUGUUUAGCCUUUUCAAAUGUUGAGUUAUUUCUUAAUCCACUGCUGAAGAGAUUCAAACCGUAUGUUUUACACAUGAUACAUUAGCACCGCAAUGCUACGAGAGUUCUGUUGAAAAGGAACAUCUGGGUUCUCUGAAGACUUUUAAAGAGGAACAUCCAGAGCUGCCAGCAUCACCAGUCUAUUUGUGUGUCCCAGGAAUCCACCACUCACAACAACAACAAAAGUGUUUACAAGGUAAACAAGCCUUGGACAAAGGCAGAGACAGGGAGACUGCAACAAAGGCAUUUGUGAAAUAGGAACAGUUGACAGAAACAGAUUAUCUGUCAUUUAUAAUAAGACUGCCUACAGUUUGGACCAUAAAGCAAUUCCCUCUUUUUUUGUUCUUUGUGUUUCAAGUAGUCCUCAGCUUAAAUACCCAGGAAGCAAUAGAUUUUCUAACAUAGGAGUUUGUCUGCGUUCAUAUCCUUAGUCCGGAGAUGUCCUCAUCAUGGUAACAUAGGAGAUCUUGCCAAAAUGAUCUGUUGUUUGGGAUAAAAGAAAACUAUUGUAUUUACAGAUACAGUACAGUAUGUACAUAAUCAUAAUGCUGUAAUUGUUUUAUUUGACUUAUUUUAACAGUGUAAUAAUCAUUGUUAUGAUUAUAAUUUAUGAAGAAGAUAAAAUGGGGUGGGGGCAGAAAUCAA